CAUCGUAUGUCCGGGAAGGACAAGGAUGAGCGAACGGCGAUGUGGGAGGAAGAUGCACGGAGAGAGGGGUUGGUCGACCCUGAGGGAACGAAGAGGGAAGCGGAGGUGGGAGAAGGAGGCAAAACAGGUGGAAUAGGAUAACCGAAACGCACCGGUCCCCCGCGAGAGCGACGAGGACGCAGCCGGAAAGACAAAGAGGUGGGAGGAGACGAAACGCGAGGGAGAGCGAUAAGGACACAAAGAAGGGACGGAAAAGAGAGGGGUUGCUCGCCCCUGCGCGUUAUCAGGAGCCGCCCCUCCCAGUCGCCCCUAUAACCACCCCGACUUUAUAUACCCCCUUGGUGUAUCCGAAGAGUACUCGCAUCCGUGUGCGCGGUGGUGAAAACCCACACAAGCUAGGAAGCAGCGUCCCUAGGCGCAGCCGGGCACGAAGCGACGUCGCAUGGCGUCGGCGUCGGCGUCGGCGUCGCUAGCUCGACCAGACUCUUCUCUCUCUCUGGACGUUGUCGGCCAACGUCACCGGAAGAUCCCUCUUUUCUGCGGUCUUUGCUGCGUUUCUCCGAGGAACAACGAACCUUUCGAACGUGGAAAGAGGGACACGUACACAGAGGGAGGGGGGCAGCCGAAGAAGGGGAGCGAGAGAGAGGGAACAAGCUCAGGAGUCUGCAAGGGAGAAGAACUUUCGUUAUCGCGGCGCGAGUGACGCGCUGCCCUCGGAGCGUCGCGACGCCGCCAGACGCCCCGACAGUCGUCCGUCAGACGCGCCACGGUUGUCUCCAAACUGACCGGUUUUUCGAGCCGCCUGCACUUCGCGCUCGUCCUUCGAAGGAUCCGCGUACGCAUCCUUCCGAGAGAGGAGCAUUCUUUUCCUCGCGUCUAACCCCGCGCCAUUUCUGUUUUUCCACGCCAGGGCCUUCUCGACUUCCAUCGACGCCGACCAGACAGACGCCUCUGUUCCUUCUUUCUGCAUUCUUCGCCGACUCGAUUUCCUCCUUUCCCCGUUGCCAGUGGCCGUCUCUCUUCGGCACGCUGGCUCGUGGCCACGAGUGUCCCUCGCGCCUCGUCCGCACCGUGAACGUCACUCGUCGCACGUAGACCGAGCCGAGCUGUCAUCCUUCGAGAUCCUCUCUUCGCCACUUUGUGAAUGACAUCGUGCGUUUUCGUUACCGGAUUUCGAGUGGACUACCGCCACCGUCCCCUGGAACAGCGGAUCGAUCGGACGGCUGUUUCGAAAAUCCGCGACAGCCGAGUAAAGAAGGGGUGGAACGAGCCUUCGGAGAAAAGGGACACAGGAACGCCGUGCGAGGAUUCGGUGGACGAAUAUCGACCGAGCGGACACGUGAACGCAGAGGGGAACGGAUUCCCUGCGGCAGGCAACCGGAUAGACGUGGCGGCACGUCGGGUGUCCAGCUGUCGUGCUUUCAGGUCCCCGAUCGACGCCGCUUGUUCGCGGAAUAUCGGAAAAUGUCAGCUUACCGUCCAAAAAGACACGCACGACGCCAUCAUUAUCGCUGACUGGAAAGAGCUCUUACCUGCUAUCGUCGCGAAACGACCCGACUCGUCGACAGACGCUCCGAUCUUCUAAAAUAUGGGACUAUCAUGGUGUGCGCGUCGA